AUGAUAGCAGCCCAGGCGAAGCUGGUGUACCACCUCAACAAAUACUACAACGAGAAAUGCCACACUCGGAAGGCGGCCAUCUCCAAGUCCAUCCGGGAGGUGUGCAAGGUGGUGUCGGAUGUCCUGAAGGAGGUGGAGGUGCAGGAGCCGCGCUUCAUCAGCUCCCUCAGCGAGAUGGACAACCGCUUCGAGGGGCUGGAGGUCAUCUCGCCCACCGAGUUCGAGGUGGUGCUCUACCUCAACCAGAUGGGGGUCUUCAACUUCGUGGACGACGGGUCCCUGCCGGGCUGCGCCGUGCUGAAGCUCAGCGACGGCCGCAAGAGGAGCAUGUCUCUCUGGGUGGAGUUCAUCACCGCGUCCGGGUACCUCUCUGCGCGUAAAAUCCGCUCCAGGUUCCAGACCCUGGUGGCGCAGGCGGUGGAUAAGUGCAGCUACAGAGAUGUGGUCAAGAUGGUUGCAGAUACCAGUGAAGUGAAGCUGCGGAUCCGGGACAGAUACGUGGUGAUCAUCACUCCUGCGUUCAAGUGUACGGGCAUCUGGCCCCGCAGCGCCGCGCACUGGCCUCUCCCGCACAUCCCGUGGCCCGGGCCCAACCGGGUGGCCGAGGUCAAAGCCGAGGGAUUCAACCUUUUAUCCAAAGAGUGCUACUCGCUGAACGGCAAGCAGAGCUCUGCAGAAAGCGACGCCUGGGUGCUGCAGUUCGCUGAGGCCGAGAACCGGCUGCUGCUGGGCGGCUGCAGGAAGAAGUGCCUCUCGGUGCUGAAGGCUUUACGCGACCGGCACCUGGAGCUGCCCGGACAGCCGCUGAACAACUACCACAUGAAGAGCCUGGUUUCCUACGAGUGCGAGAAGCAUCCCCGGGAGUCGGACUGGGACGAGAACUGCCUGGGCGACCGCCUGAACGGGAUUCUAUUGCAGCUUAUUUCGUGUUUGCAGUGCAGGAGGUGCCCGCAUUAUUUCCUGCCCAAUCUAGACCUGUUCCAGGGGAAGCCUCACUCCGGGCUGGAGAACGCCGCGAAACAGACUUGGCGCCUGGCGAGAGAAAUACUGACCAACCCCAAAAGCUUGGAGAAACUCUGA